AUGGACUAUUCUUCGGCCAUAGCCAAUGACGCGGGCCGUGACCCAUGGGCCUCGUCGCCUCAGCAUGAUCGCUCCAACUUCCCCCAAACCAACAACCACGAGGUCCCACCUACCAGCUCGUUGUCGCACCAGCCUCCGGCUCCUGACGGUGACGACGAACACUACGACGACAACUCUCAAUUGCCUACCCAGAACAACCAAUACGCCUCGCAACAGCAGCAAUCGCAGCCCUACGACAACUCGACUCGCCCAGAGCCCCAGCGCUACCACCAUGCUCGUCCGCAACACCCCCCUCAACAGCCUAGCCACCACCAGCAACCACCACAGAAUUACCAACAACAGCAGCAACAGCAACAGCCCCAACAACCGAGGAAACAAUACAAGCUUCAAGCCAAGAUUACUGCCCUAGAGCGUACCGGUCGCAAGGAUCCCGUCUUGCGCUUCGACGUUUAUACCAACCUGCCCAAAUUCCGUACCACCCAAUUCCGUGACGUGCGACGCACCCAUUCCGAGUUCGUCAAGUUUGCCGACCAUUUGAUCUCGUCAAACCCUGAGGCUUUCGUCCCUGCCGUUCCUCCUCCGCUCACUGCUGCUGGUGUUGGUACUGAAGAAGAUGAAGUGCGAGUCAAGGCUUCAAUGCAGCGCUGGCUGAACACUGUCUGCUCCAAUCAUAUCCUCAUGCGUGACGAAGAGAUGGUCUUCUUCGUCGAAAGUGAUUUCGGUUACAGUCCUGUUGUCAGGCGCAAGCAACCUGCUACAGGUGUUCGUCGCAAGUACAUCAAGCAAUUUGCUCCUCCUCCGGAUGACACUCCUGAGCUUCUCGAAGCGCGUCCCGUGGUCAAGUCCUUCUAUCUCGGAACCAUGGAUCUUGGCCAGAAAGUUGACAAGGUCGUCAAGUCGCGCAGAGCUCUCGGUCUGGCAGAAUCCGAUUUUGGUGUAAAGAUGGGUCACAUGCAGGUCCAGGAAACGCAUUCAGGCUUGGGCAAUGCCUACAAGAAGCUAGGCAAGGUCAUCCAAGCCGUUGGCGACUUCCACGCUGCUCAAGGUACUGCUGAAGCCACAACCUUGGCCGAUCCUCUGCAGUACCACUCCAGCGAUGCCUUCAUCGUCAAGGAAACUCUUACCAACCGUCACAUUCUUUUGCGCGAGCUCAUUCAAGCGCAACAAUCUACUCGCAGCAAGACAAGCGCUGUUGACCGAUUGAAGUCUUCCACCUCAGUCAAGCGCGACAAGGUCGACGAGGCUCUUGCUGCCCUCGACGAAGCCCGAUCUCACGAAGCCCACCUGAAAGAAAAGACGGAUCGCGUGACCGAGAACCUCGUCCAAGAACGUCGCGAGUGGACCGCUCGCACAACCUCUGACCUCCGCGCUGCUAUUCGCGAAUACGUCAUGCGCGAGAUUGAAGCAGAACGUCGCACCCUAGCCACACUCGAGCAGGUCCGCCCAGACGUCCGCAACAUCGAUGCUUCGGGCGGUCUCUCACGCCUUGGUCGUGAAGCCCACCCCGUAAUCCGUCGCACCAGUCUUGCCAGCAGUCAGGGACCCAAAGGUGACGCAUGGAGCGGUGUCCCACGCAGACCAGAUGGCUUGAACCGCAGCAUCAGCGGCAGCUUUGCCGGUACAGGCACUGUCCCUGAAGACGCAGAAGCCGAGCAAGCUGAAGAAGGUACGACGGGCAGGAAGCGAGCUACUAGUAGUGCAAGCAGUCUGGGUCGCUUGGACGAGGACGACGAAGAUAGAAUCGAUGCUAGGAAUGCUGCGAGUCGACUUGCGCAGACGACGUUCUAG